ACAGUACAAAUGUUCGAUGCCAGAAAGUAAAAUUGUCUUUAGUGCGGUUAGUUGUGCUUACUUGAACUUGCACGAAUCCCGAGUCUCAGAGCAACUCACGGUGCAUUAUUUCCUCUCAGUUCAACGCGCUGCAGGCAAAAGAACUCUUGCAAAACCAGUCUGAUGUUGACAUAAAGAUAACACCAUGUCCACCCAGAGUCAUGCUGAAUGGGGUGCACAAACUACAGUGGUAACGUGAUAAAAGUCAGAUGAUUCUUAAAUGAAACCGUGAAAUUAUAUUUUCUCAGAUAAAACCCAGCUGACCCAGUUUGGAUUUCAUUCAUCAGUACACAUGAGUGCACUUCGACUACAACAUAUAAAGCGUCAUAUUUUGCCUGAAAACAAGACAAUGGCAGGCGCACUCGGUACAUUGACCACCCAUGUGCUGAAUACUGGCAUGGGCGUGCCUGCAGCAAACAUAGCCCUCGUUCUCUAUCGCCAAGAUUCCAGCACCAAUGCCUGGACACUGAUAACCAGCGGCGCCACAAACGAUGACGGACGGUGCCCAGGACUCAUCACAAAAGAGCAGUUUACAGCUGGUGUGUACAAACUGCAUUUUGAAACCGCUCAGUACUGGGCGAGUAUGGGAGAGACCUCCUUCUACCCCUAUGUUGAGAUUGUCUUCACUAUAAAUGACCCUGAGCAGAAGUACCACGUCCCUCUGCUGCUGAGUCGUUUCUCUUACAGUACAUACAGAGGGAGCUAGAGAUGAAACGUGAUGGACUCCAGCGGCUGCACCUUUAUCCUCCAUCCUCCAUCUAACACCCGUGCUCUUCACCACAGAGAGAGAGCCAGCUUCAGCUUCAGCUUCAGCAACAUCCGUCUCAGUAUUAGAUGACAGUUAUGGAAAAUAAACCAUAUUGCACAUUGUACUUUGGCUUGUGUAUUAACUGUUACAAAAACAUAAUUUAAAUAAACUAUUAGAUGAGGUGGUAAAUGGAAUCCAUUUCAGAUCAAAACAUCUCCACUUGCUCUGUAUUUUAUGUGAAAUAUAAC